GCAAGGCGCUCUGGCACCCCAGGCAGCGUCAUCGUUAGGGACCAGAGUUAACGCGGGCCAGGGCCGGCCGCACCCCUGGGAGCCGAGGAUCCAGGCUGCUCCUGGGCACAACAGGCACCGACUCCCCUACUGCUGCUGGGUCAGCGCCAGCCCCCCAGAGCAUUGUGGGCCCAGGCAUGAGGGGUGUUUCCUUUUGUCUGUCACUUCAUCUGCACCUGGGCCUGAAACCUCCGCGCAGAGGGCUGGACUGUGCUGCGCAACGUUCUUCCCUGAACAGUCCCAGAUCAGCGCGGGUCUCGGAGCCAAGUUAUGAUCUGCUAAACUGAAGACUUGGCUUGCAGAUUUGUAGUUUAAACGCACCGCAUGGCUUUAGGACGUUACCCAGAGGGGUGAUGUGGCUGGGGACCUAUCUGAGAUUACAAAUUAACAGAGUUAAAUUACCUGUAAAAAAAAAAAUAUAUAUACCAUCUGCUCUGCUGAGCAUUUCUUUACCCGGACUCUACUGCGAUUUUUUUCCCCAGAUAAAAAUCGUAUGCAGUAUUUUUUCAUGGUCAUUCAAAUUCUAGGGGAUAAGUUUCCAUACAGUCUGGUUGCAAAAAAAAUUGACUUACCAGAAUAUCAAGGAGAACCAGAUGAAAUUUCCAUUCAGAAAUGCAGGGAAGCUGCAAAACAGAUCCAGGGACCUGUUAUAGUAGAAGAUACUUGCUUGUGUUUCAAUGCCUUGGGGGGACUCCCAGGACCAUACAUAAAAUGGUUUCUAGAAAAGUUAAAACCAGAAGGACUGUACAAGCUGUUGGCAGGGUUUGAGGACAAGUCUGCCUAUGCUGUUUGCACCUUUGCGUUCAGCUCUGGAAACCUGGAGGACCCAGUGAAGCUGUUCAAAGGCAAAACUUGUGGUCACAUAGUUGAACCUAGAGGCCCCAGAGACUUUGGCUGGGAUCCAUGCUUCCAACCUGAUGGUUAUGAAAAGACGUAUGCAGAAUUGCCUAAAGCAGUGAAGAAUUCCAUCUCUCAUCGCUAUAGAGCACUAAAUGAACUCUCCAAUUACUUCAUCCAGCAGAGUAACUCAACAGAUGCCACCUCCAGUCCCAGUUAGUUUUUUCUUUGAAGCCCAUACUUCAUACAGAAAGCUCUGUGUAAAAUAUAAUGUCCAUUUGUAGUUGUUUGUACAGUGUGUACAUUAAAGCUGCUCAUUUUAAAGCCA